AUGUCUCUCAUACGGCACGUUACCCUGAGAGGAAGCACCGUGAAGUCAGCCAUCCGCCCUCUGUCACUGAUGAGUCCGAGAGCAGCAGCGUGUUGCUGCAGUGGCGUCAUCGAGCGUUCAUCUACUUCAUCUGCAGGUGGAUAUCCAAGAACACCAGUACCUAUUGGACUAUCUGCACAUCGUUACAUGGCAACAGAACCUGGCAAGCAAGUGGAUGGAGAGGGUGAUUCACAGAGUUCUCAGGUCAGUGAUGACCAAUCUGACAGACCAGCGGCCUCGCUCUCCCGCGCCGAGCGCUUGAAGCUGCUUGUGGCUCAGUAUGGUUCGGUGGUGAUGGUGUUCCAUGUCUCCAUGUCCCUGACCUCACUGGGCCUGAUGUACGUCGCAGUCAGCGCCGGUCUGGAUGUAGUGGCAAUAGCAGCCAAGCUAGGCGUGGAUCUUGGUGUCGACGGGUCUGGGGCGGCCACCGCUUCAACCUUUGCUAUCGCGUAUGUAGCACACAAGCUGCUGGCACCCGCCCGCAUUGCUAUCACGGCUGCCACUGUGCCCCUUAUCGUGCGGUAUCUACGGCAGCUUGGCUACAUGCGCAAACCCGUGAAACAACCAUCAGCUGAAACGCAAACAGCAGCAGCAAAAUCAGCAGAGGAUAGCCCACCAAAGAAUUAG